AUGGACGGUUUCAAAGCUUCGUCUCCAAGUCCCACCCCUUUUCGCUUCCCCACUCGGUCAGCCGUACCUCCAAUUCCCAAGGAGAAAUUCCUGUUGGAAGAAUGACGUUAAGACUAGCGAAGAGAGGAUAGCGACUUCUAUCCAACAAAUAUCGCAUCAAGUGGCAUUUAGAAUAAACUGAAAUUGUGCCAUUAUAAAGGGAGCCAACUGAGUCAAGGCGACCAUGCACUCCUGAGUGCACAGCAUCGCUCGUGUUUCCUGCUUUUUCCUGGAUCAUCAUCGGCUCAGUGAUGAACCACACCCCUAGCCCCCACAUGGCCGAGGCCGCUAAGUCCGGGGCGGGCCUGCUCUGUGGCCUGGGCCUGGGGCCGGACAGGGUCCGCUCUCCUGAUAGCCUGACCCACACGCCCAGUCCCACGGGGGGCACCCCCAGCUCCAGCCCUCCCCUGCUGCUCUCCCCUGGCCUGGGCGAGUCUGGGGACUGGGAGAGCCGUGAGGAGCUACGUCUGAGGGAGCUGGAGGAGGCCAGGGCGCGAGCUGCCCAGAUGGAGAAGACCAUGCGCUGGUGGUCGGACUGCACGGCCAACUGGAGGGAGAAGUGGAGCAAGGUGCGCUCCGAGAGGAACCGGGCACGGGACGAGGUGCGGCAGCUCCGCCAGAGGCUGGACACCCUGACCAAGGAGCUGAUGGGCGCACGUCGGGAGCGCCAAGAACUGGCCUCCGAGAACGAGACACUCAGACAGGAAGCACUGCGUCUCCGUGCUGACCAGGCCUCGCCCUCCCACGCCCCCUCAGCACCACCCACCACCCCACCCUCCUCCUCCUCACAGCCCCUUGUGGACAGCAAGCAGGACAGGGUGGGCGAGGGGCCCGGGUCACCAGAACAGGAACCAGUGAGAGAUGUGGACAUAGAUAAACCUGACAGACAAAAGGAGCUGGAGCUGUUGGAGUCCGUGUUGAGGUCCAAGGCGGAAGGUCCAGACUCGUGGGACGCCCGUAGUGCCAGCAGCCUGCGCUCUGCCCUGAGUCGUCAGGACCGCAGCCGGCUGCUCUGGGAUGACAUCGCUGCCAUGGAGGAGGACCCCGGCAAGAUCAACGCCCUCCAGCUCCGCCUCGACGAAUCACAGAAGGUCCUGCUCAAAGAACGCGAGGACAAGCAUGCACUCAGUAAGAGCAUAGAAAAGCUGGAAACAGAGCUGAACCAAUGGAAACUCAAAUACGAGGAGCAGAACAAGACCAAGCAGGAAGCCAUGAAACAGCUCAACAUGUUGAAGGAGAUACACCAGGAUGAGUUGGGUCGUAUGUCGGAGGACCUGGAGGAUGAGCUGGGGGCACGCACUAGUAUGGACAAGAAACUGGCCGAGCUACGAGCAGAGAUGGAGCGGCUGCAGGUGGAGAAUGCUGCCGAGUGGGGCCGGCGGGAGUGCCUGGAGACCGAGAAGCUGGCGCUUGAGAGGGACAACAAGAAGCUGCGGGCACAGACGGAGGACCUGGAGGAACAGCUGGCCCGUAAACGGCGGCAGGCGGCCAGUGCCCUGGACACUGACCUCAAGACCAUCCAGACUGAGCUGUUUGAGAGGAGCAAGGAGUUGGCAGACAUGCGCCACAUCCACUCCAAGGUGAAGAAGCAGUACCAGGACAAGAUGGCCGAGCUGGCCCACGCCAACCGGAAGGUGGAGCAGCAUGAGACAGAGGUGAAGAAGCUGAGGCUGAGGGUGGAGGAGCUGAAGAAAGAACUGGGUCAGGCGGAGGACGAGCUGGAUGAGGCCCAUAAUCAGACCAGGAAGCUACAGCGGUCUCUGGAUGAGCAGGUGGAGCAGUCAGAGAACCUCCAGGUCCAACUGGAACAUCUGCAGUCCCGACUGCGGCGGCAGAAGAGCCCUGGCCUGUUUGGGAAGAUGAGGUCAGCUCGGUUCAGCCCGGAGAACCCAGAUGGACCGCCCAGCGACCCAGACGAAGAGGAGGAGGAGCUACAGAUCCAGAUCCCAUGAACAAAGGAAGGACACACAGACUCUGACUUAGGGCUCUUCAUUUCACACCGUGUGUGUCCCAUAGACAGACAGACUGAUAGUUGGACAGCUGUGAUCUCCAUUGACCUGGCUCAUCCUGUUAGAGACCAACACUGGCACAUGGUUGUCAUGGGCAAGGUUGCCAUGGAACCCGUCGCCACCUGUACCCGUGGACUACAGAGCUACCAGCAGGGUUCCAGAGAGAGCCCUCCCUACACGACAACUGACAGUACACUACACUACCACACUACAGUACAACCCACAGUGCACUACAGUUACAAGCCACUACAGCCUGAGCCUACAGCCCUCUAGAUCCCAACCAUCAUUACCAUCACUCCCAUAUCUACAACACCCUCAGUGGUGAAACUCUCGCAAUCACACUGCUACCCAAUCCUCGGUCUGAAACUCAUGCCUCCUCUUCCACCCUCCCUUCUCUUUCUCUUUCCUGAGUUCCGUCUCCCAGUGAAUGUUGUACAGUAUCCUUCCUGAUGUAUCAAAACACUCAGGAAAGGGGCGUUGACCUAGCUGUGAUGUUCCGGCAGUGUUCUGGUAAUGUUAUGUAAUGCGUUUGGUAUCGUUAGCUGUGCACACCGUUCAGUACAGUAAAGGUCAUUAGCCAUCAGGUCACUGUGCUCGGCGCCUGGCACCUGGGCUCAUCAUUAGUUCAUCAGUGCUUUGGGCUCAGCCUCAGACAGCUUAAAUUCUUCCAGUAUGAGAGACAGGUAGUAUUCUUGGGAGAGACUGGGACCGUAUAUAAAGGGACAUUAAGGGCCCUCCACCGCUAUGUCCCCUCACCAUAACCACUAAGGGACAAGGUGCUUAUGUAGAGGACGGGUCCGUUAGACCUACAGUAUUUACCUUCUGGACAUAUUGGGUUGUUCAUUCUGAAAGAAACGUUGGUGGCCAAUACACACAUCCUUAGAAAAAACGUAGGCGCCCGGGCUGAUUAAGUACAUACUAGAGAAGCACAGAAAGGGCCUGCACACCGCACGGUUUUCAUCCACAACCAUCUUCGUCAGGCCAAGACCCUCGUGGAUGGAGACGUGGUCAAUGAUGUGGUCAUUGGGAGCUUAUUCAGUGUGCAGGCAUUUCUGUUCUGUUCAUUCUGAAAGCAAUAAGGCAUCGGCUAAAAGACAUCAGCAAUAAGACAUCGGCUAAAAGACAUCAGCAAUAAGACAUCGGCUAAAAGACAUCAGCAAUAAGACAUCGGCUAAAAGACAUCAGCAAUAAGACAUCGGCUAAAAGACAUCAGCAAUAAGACAUCGGCUAAAAGACAUCAGCAAUAAGACAUCGGCUAAAAGACAUCAGCAAUAAGGCAUCGGCUAAAAGACAUCAGCAAUAAGACAUCGGCUAAAAGACAUCAGCAAUAAGACAUCGGCUAAAAGACAUCAGCAAUAAGACAUCGGCUAAAAGACAUCAGCAAUAAGGCAUCGGCUAAAAGACAUCAGCAAUAAGACAUCGGCUAAAAGACAUCAGCAAUAAGACAUCGGCUAAAAGACAUCAGCAAUAAGACAUCGGCUAAAAGACAUCAGCAAUAAGACAUCGGCUAAAAGACAUCAGCAAUAAGACAUCGGCUAAAAGACAUCAGCAAUAAGGCAUCGGCUAAAAGACAUCAGCAAUAAGACAUCGGCUAAAAGACAUCAGCAAUAAGACAUCGGCUAAAAGACAUCAGCAAUAAGGCAUCGGCUAAAAGACAUCAGCAAUAAGACAUCGGCUAAAAGACAUCAGCAAUAAGACAUCGGCUAAAAGACAUCAGCAAUAAGGCAUCGGCUAAAAGACAUCAGCAAUAAGACAUCGGCUAAAAGACAUCAGCAAUAAGACAUCGGCUAAAAGACAUCAGCAAUAAGACAUCGGCUAAAAGACAUCAGCAAUAAGACAUCGGCUAAAAGACAUCAGCAAUAAGACAUCGGCUAAAAGACAUCAGCAAUAAGACAUCGGCUAAAAGACAUCAGCAAUAAGACAUCGGCUAAAAGACAUCAGCAAUAAGACAUCGGCUAAAAGACAUCAGCAAUAAGGCAUCGGCUAAAAGACAUCAGCAAUAAGACAUCGGCUAAAAGACAUCAGCAAUAAGACAUCGGCUAAAAGACAUCAGCAAUAAGACAUCGGCUAAAAGACAUCAGCAAUAAGACAUCGGCUAAAAGACAUCAGCAAUAAGACAUCGGCUAAAAGACAUCAGCAAUAAGACAUCGGCUAAAAGACAUCAGCAAUAAGGCAUCGGCUAAAAGACAUCAGCAAUAAGACAUCGGCUAAAAGACAUCAGCAAUAAGACAUCGGCUAAAAGACAUCAGCAAUAAGACAUCGGCUAAAAGACAUCAGCAAUAAGACAUCGGCUAAAAGACAUCAGCAAUAAGGCAUCGGCUAAAAGACAUCAGCAAUAAGACAUCGGCUAAAAGACAUCAGCAAUAAGACAUCGGCUAAAAGACAUCAGCAAUAAGACAUCGGCUAAAAGACAUCAGCAAUAAGACAUCGGCUAAAAGACAUCAGCAAUAAGGCAUCGGCUAAAAGACAUCAGCAAUAAGGCAUCGGCUAAAAGACAUCAGCAAUAAGACAUCGGCUAAAAGACAUCAGCAAUAAGACAUCGCUUACUCAUCUGCUACUACAGGGACCAAGUUAUUUGUCACGGUCAUGCAAACUAUUUAUGUUGUUGUUUUUGAUGAUUGAUCUGUAAACCACAGUGUUUUUUUUUGUAUUUAGCUCUAUAAAUGUUAUAAGUGUA